GGGCGGGCAGAAGAAGGGCACUGGCAGUGAAACAAUAACACGAAUUCUCACAACACAUUUGGAUAUAACUCACUUUACCUCAAAUUCAAUAGAGAAUAACCAAAUAUGGCGACUGAACGAAUGGAAAUGAAUGGAAUCGGCGAACGAGAAAGCGAAGAGGUUUCAGCUCCGCGUCGCAGGAGGAAUUUGGGUGGUCAACUAAACAUGAACCAUUAUGCAAACAAGAAGAGUGCAGCAGAGAGCAUGCUUGACGUGGCAUUACUCAUGGCCAACGCCUCCCAGCUGAAGGCUGUCCUGGGGCAGGGCCCGGAUUUCACCUUCUACUACCCUCUCAUCACUCUCAUCUCCAUCUCUCUGAGCUUGCAGAUCAUUGUGGGCAUCCUGCUCAUCUUCAUUGUAAAGUGGAAUCUGAACGAUGAAAGCAUGCACAACAAACUGAACAUCAUGGAGAACGUCGCCACGGCCCUAGUCUUUGGCAUUGUUGUCGUCAACAUCUUCAUUACGGCCUUUGGUGUCCAGAAUCCCAAUUCAAAGUCCUAACUGCCCCGCCUGCCUGUAUUGUCCUAACGGUCAAAGAACGUCAGGGACACAGUCUUCCAUAGGCCUCACACCUCUGUGACCAAAGACAAUGGAGGAUCAACUCAACAGCCUCAGACUGUCAGAUCAAACUCAUGGGCAGUGUCAGGAGCCAUUACAAACUCACCACUGUGGUUCUUUUUUAGGAUCUCAGUCAGAUGGGCUGCAUUUCUUAUUGUGAGAACAUUACAUUUUUCCAAAGACCAAUGCCGUAGAUGUAUUGCCUUUUCAAAUGUCCUCCAUAGGAGUUAUUUUACUUUGAACUUUUGUUCUAGAAAUGCUACAGACCCAGCUGGGGUGUGUGUGUGUGGUGUAUAAGAGUAUUUCCUCUGCCUUAAGCUCUGUAAAAAAAAAACUGCUGUCGACAUAUCUUUACCAAGCCAGGCAAAGCCCAAAGGUCUAUAGAUGUUUUCAAAAUUCAGCCUAUUCAUGUUUUGUGUUGUGAAAGCUGUGUGUCUACAAAUGUGUACAUCAUUGCACAGAUGAACCAAGGCAUAAAAUACAGUCAGGCAGCUCUGCAGUGGACUCUGGUGGUCAACAGAACAAUUCCAGUACAUUAAGAAUAAUACCCAGGUUAUUUUGCAUUGAGUCAGUCAACAAACUUUAGAAUGGAGUGUGAAUGCUGCUUUAUGUAAUCUGUGUUCUGUAGAAAUGAUAGUUCUUUCAGGUGUUUUUUUUCCAGAUAGAAUAGUAAUAUAUAUAUAUGCUGCAUAUUUGUGGUAAAUGUAGCAGCACUGGGCCUUCUAAGACCCUAAGCAUUGACAGUAUACUUUUUAUACAGAUUCUUCUUUUUUAAACAACCAAUCCAUAUUUUAACCUUACUUUGUUUCUUUAUACACUGUGUGCAAUGGAAGUGCAUGAUUCUUAAUAUCUGUAAAAAAAAAAUUUCAUAC